CGUCGUGUAUCGGGUCAAGUCGAUUCGAGACGUAUUACCGGGACCUAUCCGAGGCGAUUUCGGAUCUCACCACAUUUGAAGCAGUUAGCUGCAAAAUCACUUGCAGACUACGUUCUCCAUAGGCGACGAUCGGACACAGACACAGUUUCUUGAAACGCUGCGUUUCGAUCGUAAUCUGAAAAGAAAUGGGUACCUCAGAAUCCACACUCUCAAGCUCACAGGGCCCGGUCGACGAAAUCACCACCGUGUCCGAUCGAUCCGAGGUCACAGAUCCAAUCUUAGAGAGACUCAAAACCCUCAAAUUAACAACACCAAUAUUGACGUCACCACCGGCUGAGAGUAGCUUAACUGACAUACUGGUGAGGAAACCUUCGUCUUCUUCGGCUCCAGCUACUGUGAAUCCUAAGGUGCUGGUGGAGCUCUUCUCGAUGUACCGUGAUUGGCAGGAGCAGAAGACUCAAAUGAUUAGCAAAAAGCAGGAAGAGAUAGAAAACAAAAUAGAUGUUGCAGAUGCUUUGGCAGUUAAACUUCUACAACGUUUUAAUUUCUCAGUGUCGGCAAUGAAGACAGCUUCACAACAUUUAUCAGAAGUUCAUGCAUUGCAGGUGGACAUUGGAGAACUUAAAGGAAGGUUAACAGAGGUUAUUAGUAACUGCGAUGCACUGUGCAAGAGAAUUGCUUCAGAGGGGCCAGAAUCUCUUCGUUCAUCUGUCAAACCAUUUACAAUUGCCACUGCUGACUCAGAAAUCAGCUCUACUUCAUCUUCUUUGCCAAGAGAUUUAAACAAAACAGUAGCCAAGUUAAAAUAGAUAGUUUUGUUCUUGUAUGUAGUUACAAGGAUUUUUAUUGAUUCAGAUUGAGGUUAAUUCUCAGUGGCUAACCAGAGUGGCUUCAUUACAUGUCUGACUGGUAUCGGACAACCCAUGUAUAAAAUUGAGUCUAUGAAGCAUUUCAUCAUAUAAAAUAUAAGGAUUAUUGAUGCUCA